UUUUGACUGCUUCACCUUUAGCUGGAGAGCUACAUCCAGAUGAAUAUGAAGUCGGAAAUGGUGCAGAUCCAGCAGAAUGUGGUGCAGAACCAGACGGCCACGAUGCUGGAGAUUGGGACGAACCUCUUGAACCAAACAGCGGAGCAGACCAGGAAACUGACCGACGUGGAGGCUCAGGUACUCAACCAGACCUCCCGCAUUGAGAUCCAGCUCCUGGAGAACUCUCUGUCCACCAAUAAGCUGGAGAAGCAGCUGCUGAUGCAGACGAAUGAGAUCCACAAGCUGCAGAACCGAAACAGUAUUUUGGAAACCCGAGUCCUGCAGAUGGAGACAAAGCACCUGAUGGAACUGGAAGGGAUCCGGACGGAGAAGGAGGAGCUGCAGCAGCUGGUGAUUCGCCAGAGCGACACCAUCGAGGUCUUGGAGAAGUCUCUCCACGCCGCCAGCGGCAACACCAGCCUGCUCCAACAACAGCAGCUGCAGCUUUUGGAGUCGGUUCAGAAUUUGGUCCAGCUGGUCUCCCAAGGCAAAGUUCCUCCAAAGAAAGAAGACCGGCUGUUCCAGGACUGCGCAGAAAUCCGCCAAUCUGGAAUUAAUCUCAGUGGGGUUUACACCCUCCAUAUCAACAAUCUGACUGAACCCAAGAAGACCUAUUGUGAUAUGGAGACGGAUGGAGGCGGCUGGACAGUGAUCCAGUACAGAGUCAAUGGCAGCGUCAGCUUCCAAAAGAACUGGAAAGAGUACAAACAGGGCUUUGGGGAUCCAGCAGGAGAAUACUGGCUGGGGAACGAGGCAGUCCACCUCUUGACCAACCAGGGAGCCUAUUCUCUGAGGGUCGAACUCCUGGACUGGGAAGGAAAUCGCGCCUACGCACACUACGAAAAGUUGCAGCUGGGAAGCGAGCGUCAGCGAUACAGGCUUUUCUUGAGAGGCUACAAAGGCAGCGCUGGGCAGCAGAGUGGCUUGCCUCUCCAAGGCACGGGCUUCAGCACGCGAGACGCUGACAAUGACAACUGCCGGAACUGCAAGUGCGCGCAGAUGCUUUCUGGUGGUUGGUGGUUUGAUGCCUGCGGACUCUCGAAUCUGAACGGCAUUUAUUACCCGGCGAAGCACAAUAUCCGGAAACUGAACGGGAUCCGAUGGCACUACUUCCAGGGACCAGGCUACUCGCUAAAGGGGACGAGGAUGAUGAUCCGGCCUUCGGGCAGCCCUGAAGGAGCAUAGCGGAGAGACGCCAAGCAGGGCUGCAGUUUCUGUGAGCCAUGGAGAGCAAACCUUGGCACAGGUAACAGGAACUGCCUUCCGGUUUGGACAGGUGGCAGGUGCAGAGAGACUCCCUGAGAAAGAGGCCCUCGCGGCUAGGAAUUCAUGGCUGCGGUUGAACGCAAAGUGCACCAGCUUUCUCUUUCUCCUCCCAGAUGGCGCAGGAAGCUGUCUUUUGUGGGCUUUUGGACUUCCGAGAAAAUGUACGGCGAACUAUUCUGUAUGUUAAAGGCUGAAUCUGCCCGUGAAAAGUGUGUCACGCUAUCUGGCUCGUUUGGGGGCAAGGGGCAAGCUUGUUGGGUAAAUGCAGAAAAAUCUGGUCAGAUUUAUAUUAUGUUGUUGUUGUUGUUUAGUCGUUUAGUCGUGUCCGACUCUUUGUGACCCUAUGGACCAGAGCACGCCAGGCACUCCUGUCUUCC